CCCCAGACUUUGCUGUUCGACACCACCGCAGCAGGGGGCCUCGAAUGAAACUUACCAGCAACACUUCUCUCCAUGCUCUAUCAGAACACAUUCGUUUGCGCUACCAAGUAAACACACACCACACAAACGGAACUCUGAUCUGGUGUCUGGACAAAUUCCCUUGGGUCAGCGAUAUCACUGGGGAAACACCACAGACGGCAACAACACGAACCUAAGCAGCCCCAGCGCAUAUCCAACCCUAGGUAACGCUUGCUUAACUAUUACGGCCCUCCUCCGCCCGCCGCCGCCGCCGAGCCACGAGCGCACCCACGAGCCACCUGUGUCCUCAUCAGACGAGACGAAAACCGUUGCAUACUUUCGACCGAGCAGGGGAAAAAAACAUCACACGGAAAACGGAUUGCGCUCCAAGCUCUCAAUUAGUAUUGGAAAAGAUAUACCGAAUGCAUAGCAGACGGCCAGAAGCUUGAUAUUUUUCUUGUUCUUCUUUCUUUCGCUUUUUUUUUUUUUUUGCAGACCCUCGCCCGGCGCGAGAGAGAGCGGCUGCUUGCUUGCCCCUCCUAGAAACCUCGACAGUGUAGCUCCGGCUCCGGUUCGCAGCAACCACCACCGCCACAACAACAACAACAACAACAACAAGGCAGCGCGUUCUCGUUGCUGCCGUCGCGCUCGUUUUCUUUGUAUUGCUUUCAAGAUGAUGUUGGAGGAGAAAUAUAUCGGCCUGGCCUUGGCCAUGAGCUCGAGUUUAGCAAUAGGUAUCAGCUUCGUCAUCACCAAAAAGGGAUUGAUGCAAGCAGAAGAAAGGCAUGGGUUUGAAGGUGAUGGGUUCGUUUACUUGAAGAACCCAAUGUGGUGGGCAGGCAUUGUUUGCUUGGUUUUGGGCGAAAUCUUCAACUUUGCAGCUUACGCUUUUGCGCCGGCCAUCCUCGUCACCCCUCUUGGAGCGCUGUCGGUGUUAGUGGGAGCUGUGGUGGGGUCAUACGUGCUCAAUGAGGAGUUGGGGACGUUGGGCAAGCUGGGGAGCGCCCUCUGUCUGAUCGGAGCUGUCAUUAUUGUGCUGCAUGCGUCCCCUGACGAGGAUAUUCAGACUAUUGACCAGAUUCUCGAAUAUGCGAUUCAGCCAGGCUUCUUGUUCUACUCGCUGUUCGUCUGCAUUUUCGCGACGAUUAUGAUCUACAAGGUUGGGCCGAUCCACGGCAAGAAGAAUCCUCUUGUCUAUCUGAGCAUUUGCUCGACUGUUGGAUCCAUCUCGGUCAUGGCCGUCAAGGCAUUUGGCAUUGCCCUCAAGUUGACCUUUGCGGGGCACAACCAGUUCAGCCACCCGUCGACUUAUGUCUUUAUGAUCAUUACUGUGGUUUGUAUCCUUACCCAGAUGAACUACUUUAACAAGGCUCUGAGCCAGUUCCCUACCAACAUUGUUAACCCCCUCUACUAUGUCACUUUCACGACGGCAACUCUUAUUGCCUCCUUCAUCCUCUUUCAAGGUUUCAACACAACCGACACAGUCAACACUCUCUCCCUCCUCUGCGGCUUCCUCGUCACAUUCACGGGGGUCUACCUCCUCAACCUCAGCCGAACUGACCCCUCAGGCACUAAGACGUUGGCCCGCAGAAGCGGCGGCGACUCGACGGGAACCGACAUGAUUUCUAGCAUCCAGACAAGAAUGAGCAUGGAAGCCCGCCGUUCCCAAUCCCACCGGAUGAGCGUCGGCAGCCGCACGGGCGGUGAUCGUGACGGUCUCAUCCGGGCCUACGACGAGGAGGCCGGGCUUGGUCUUCACGACUUGGCAGACGACACAGACGACGACGUGGACCCGCGCUCUCCCAUGAUUUCGAGUUUUUCCCAACAGCAAACGAAUGGGAGACCAAACGGCGGGAGUGGGAGUCACGGGACGCAUUUGACGGCGGGGAAUGCGUAUAACGAGUCAAUAGAGCUGCAGAGUAGGAAGUCGGGGGAUAGAUGAUGAUGAUGGGGGUUGGAGGAGGGGGGGGGAUUUGCUUUUUCUUUGGGAUGUAUUUUUACUACAUGGUUUGCUGCUAUUAUUAUCACACAGUUGUCUCUUGUGGCAUUCAUUGGAUCUUUGAAGAGAGAGAUAUAUAUAUGGUGG